GGGCGACUUCCGGAUGUGGGGACUCCGCCCUCUCGCUCCCGGAAGUAGAAGGGCCCAGCGUUUCCAUGGCGGCAUCCUUGGGGCAGGUGCUUGCUCUGGUGCUGGUGGCUGCACUAUGGGGUGGCACGCAGCCACUGCUGAAGCGGGCCUCCUCCGGCUUGCAGCAGGUGCAUGAGCGGACGUGGGCCCGGCAGCUGGUGGGGGAGAUGAAGGCUCUCUUCUUGAAUACUGAGUACCUGAUGCCCUUUCUCCUCAAUCAGAGUGGUUCCCUUCUCUACUACUUGACGUUGGCAUCAACAGAUCUGACUUUAGCUGUGCCUAUCUGUAACUCUCUGGCCAUCGUCUUCACACUGAUUGUUGGGAAGGUCCUUGGAGAAGACGUUGGUGGAAAAGGAGCCGUGGCUGGCAUGGUGCUCACCAUCACGGGGAUCACACUAUGCGUCUCAAGCUCGGUGAUCAAGACCCAGGGCCAGCCCUGACCUUCAGCUCCACUGCGCUCAGCCGACGAUGCUAGACACUGAGGUGCAGGCCGAGCGAUAGGCCAGCUUGCCUCUCUCACCUCAGAUCACAUCUACCUCGGGUGACAAUAAGAAAUGCACUGUCCAGAGUGCCUUUCCAGAAUAGCCAAGGCGCCACA